CACUAGAAACCGCCAUCCUUCACCUUUGUCCUACACCUUACCAUUUUUUUGCAAUUUACCUCUCGCGUGCGAAAUGUUGGAGUAAUAAACAGCGAAUUAGUAAUCAACUGCAGGUUGUAAUUAGUUCAAGUACGUAACGCGAACGGUAUUUUUUUAAUGUGCAUUUAACGAUAAAGAAAAACGACCAAGUCGACAUUGACUUUCACCGCAUCCAUUCAGUCGAAAGAAUGCCACUGAAUUACGCAAGUGUGGAUUUAGAGUACGAGAAGAACAAGGAGUUACGAAGGGACGAUGUCCGCCACCUGCAGGACUGGCUGGAGAAGCUUCCGCACAUGCCCGAGAUUUCCGAGCUCGAGCUGAUCUUCUUCCUCAAAAGCUGCGAGUUUAGAGUCGAGAUGACGAAGACAACAAUCGACAACUGCUACACGAUGAAGGGACUGAGCCCGGAGAUAUUCGCCAGGCGCGACCUGAAAACCCUGCAGGCUACGUUGGACAACGUAAUCCUGCUGCCGCUGCCCAAGCUGACGAGUGAGGGUUACCAGGUCUUCUACACCAAGCUGAACAGCGAAGAUCCGAGCCUGUACGUCUUCGCCGACAUGGUAAAGUGUAACGACGUCGUUAUGAGGGUGACUCUACUUCAGAAGGGCACGGUGGCUGGUUUGGUUUACAUCUUUGACAUGGAGGGAUUCACCUUAUCUCACAUUGCCCGAAUGCACAUAACCGAGCUAAGGAAAGUCUUAUUCUAUCUUCAGGAUGGCCUCCCGAUGCAGCUGGUGCAAUUUCACUUCAUCAACGCCGACUCGCGUCUCGACAAACUGAUGAUGAUCAUCAAGCCUUUCCUGAAGAAGAAACUAUUCGAACGGAUGCACUUUCACACAGAUCCCGCGAAGACCCUGUACGAAUACGUGCCCCAGGAGUGCAUGCCGAAGGAGUUCGGCGGCUUGGAUCGGUCCAUUCGGGAGUUGCAAGAUGAAGUCAGGGCGCGUUUAAACGACACGAGCGACUUCAUCGAGGAGGACGAGAAGAGGGUUAUAGAUGAGAGUAAGAGACUGCAGAAGUCGUCCAGAUUCGACCACGUCUUCGGAAUGGAGGGCACUUUUAAGAAGCUGGAGCUGGAUUGAGUACUUGAAAUAAAAACCGUAGUUUUAGUUAGAUUUAA